CCCCGGCUGCCUCCUGCAGCAGCGGCGGCGGCGGCGGCUCUGAGGGAGUUGCGCGGGCUCUGCCCGAUGUGGCAAGAAGCGAUGAUGAUGAGGAGGAGACGACGCUACCUGCUAGAGCGGGCAGAGCAGGCGGGCGGCGGCUGCGGGGCGAGCGGCGAACAGUCCCGCUCCCGGGACUGGCUCUACGAGUCCUACUACUGCAUGAGCCAGCAGCACCCGCUCAUCGUCUUCCUGCUCCUCAUCGUGAUGGGCGCCUGCCUAGCUCUGCUCGCCGUCUUCUUCGCCUCUGGGCUGGAAGUUGAAGACCACGUGGCAUUUUUAAUAACUGUUCCAACAGCCCUAGCAAUUUUUUUUGCUAUAUUUAUCCUUGUCUGCGUAGAACCUGUAUUUAAGAAGCUGCUUCGUAUAUUUUCUCUGGUGGUCUGGGUAUGUCUUGUUGCCAUGGGAUAUCUUUUUAUGUGUUUUGGAGGAAUCAUCUGUCCCUGGGACCAGGUAUCAUUCUUCUUGUUCAUCAUUUUUGUGGUGUACACCAUGCUGCCCUUCAACAUGAGGGAUGCUAUAGUUGCCAGCGUCGUGACCUCUGCGUCUCACACGAUUGUGCUGAGCGUCUGUCUGUCAGGCACAGCUGUUGUAAAGGAGCACUUGGUUUGGCAGAUAUUGGCAAAUGUAAUAAUUUUUAUCUGCGGGAACUUGGCCGGAGCGUACCACAAACACCUCAUGGAGCUCGCACUGCAGCAGACGUAUCAGGACACGUGCAACUGCAUCAAAUCCCGUAUCAAGCUAGAGUUUGAGAAGAGGCAACAGGAGCGUCUUCUACUUUCUUUACUGCCUGCUCACAUUGCCAUGGAAAUGAAAGCAGAGAUCAUUCAGAGGUUACAAGGUCCAAAGGCAGGCCAGCUGGAAAACACCAACAACUUCCACAAUUUGUAUGUCAAAAGGCACACCAAUGUAAGCAUCUUGUACGCUGAUAUCGUGGGAUUCACUCGCCUGGCCAGUGACUGCUCGCCAGGGGAGCUGGUGCACAUGUUAAACGAGCUCUUUGGCAAGUUUGAUCAGAUUGCCAAGGAAAAUGAAUGUAUGAGAAUUAAGAUCUUAGGUGACUGCUAUUACUGUGUUUCUGGACUACCUAUAUCUCUUCAAAAUCAUGCCAAGAAUUGUGUGAAAAUGGGACUGGACAUGUGUGAAGCCAUUAAGAAAGUGAGAGAUGCGACUGGAGUGGACAUUAACAUGCGCGUAGGAGUGCACUCCGGGAACGUGCUCUGCGGCGUUAUUGGGCUGCAGAAGUGGCAGUACGAUGUGUGGUCCCAUGAUGUUACCCUGGCCAAUCACAUGGAAGCUGGGGGAGUCCCAGGUCGUGUUCACAUCACCUCAGUCACCUUGGCACAUUUGAAUGGAGCUUACAAAGUGGAAGAUGGGGACGGAGAUGUGAGGGACCCAUAUCUGAAAGAGCAUAAUGUUAAGACUUACUUUGUAAUCAAUCCUAAGGGAGAGAAGCGAAGCCCUCAGCACCACAUUCGGCCUCGGCAUACUCUGGAUGGAGCCAAAAUGAGAGCUUCCGUCCGCAUGACCCGGUACCUGGAAUCCUGGGGAGCAGCCAAGCCAUUUGCACACUUGCACCACAGGGACAGCAUGACCACUGAAAAUGGCAAGAUAAGCACAACAGAUGUUCCCAUGGGGCAAUAUCAUUUUCAGCGUUGCAGAGAAAGAACAAAAUCACAAAAAAGAAGAUUUGAGGAAGAACUGAAUGAGAGGAUGAUUCAAGCCAUUGAUGGAAUCAAUGCCCAAAAGCAGUGGCUUAAAUCUGAAGACAUUCAAAGGAUAUCACUUCUUUUCUAUAAUAAGACUCUGGAAAAAGAAUAUCGAGCAACUACUCUGCCUGCAUUCAAGUAUUAUGUGACUUGUGCGUGUCUUAUAUUCUUCUGCAUUUUUGUUGUACAGGUUCUGGUAUUGCCAAAAACCUCUAUUCUUGGAAUUUCAUUUGGGGCUGCGUUUCUCUUUCUUUCCUUCAUUUUGUUUAUCUGUUUCGCUGGACAGCUUUUGCAAUGUAGCAAGAAAGCAUCAGCUUCAUUGUUGUGGAUCCUGAAAUCAUCUGGAAUAAUUGCAAACCGUCCUUGGCCAAGGAUCACUCUUACGUUGACAACUACUGCUAUAAUAUUAACCAUGGCUGUAUUCAACAUGUUUUUCCUGGAUAAUACUGUGAUAGCUUUUCCCUCCAUUCUUAAUUCAUCAAAUGCAAGUUUUCCUAAUUCAAGUAAUCACACACGGUGGUGUAUACAAAAUAACUGUUUUUUCCUCCCGUAUUUUAUAUACAGCUGCAUAUUAGGGCUCAUUUCCUGUUCCGUUUUCCUGAGGAUAAAUUAUGAGUUGAAAAUGGUAAUAAUGUUGAUUGCAUUGGUGGGCUACAAUGUUAUCCUUCUGCACACUCAUGGGCCCAUGUUGGAUGACUACAGCAAAUUUAUGUAUGCAAUGGCACCUCUUAGAAGGCCAGGAAUACUGAAGGACCUGAAGACAAUGGGCUCAAUUUCCUUGUUUAUAUUCUUCAUCACAUUAUUGGUUUUGGGUAGACAGAAUGAAUAUUACUGUAGGUUAGACUUCCUGUGGAAGAACAAGUUCAAAAAAGAGCGGGAGGAGAUUGAAACCAUGGAGAACCUAAAUCGGGUGCUUCUGGAGAAUGUACUUCCAGCCCACGUAGCUGAACACUUCUUGGCAAGAAACCUGAAGAAUGAGGAUCUGUAUCACCAGUCAUAUGACUGCGUCUGUGUCAUGUUUGCCUCUGUUCCGGAUUUCAAGGAAUUUUACACAGAAUCUGAUGUAAAUAAGGAAGGGUUGGAAUGCCUCAGGCUGCUAAAUGAGAUCAUUGCGGACUUUGAUGAUUUACUGUCAAAGCCAAAGUUUAGUGGAGUUGAAAAGAUAAAGACCAUUGGAAGCACUUAUAUGGCAGCAACAGGACUGAGUGCUACACCCAACCAAGAACAGUGUCAGGAGCCUGAACGACAGUAUAUGCACAUAGGAACCAUGGUGGAGUUUGCAUUUGCCUUGGUGGCAAAACUGGAUGUCAUAAACAAGCAUUCAUUCAAUGACUUCAAGUUACGAGUAGGUAUAAACCAUGGACCUGUAAUAGCUGGAGUAAUUGGAGCUCAAAAACCACAAUAUGAUAUAUGGGGCAAUACAGUAAAUGUGGCCAGCAGAAUGGACAGCACUGGUGUCUUAGAUAAAAUACAGGUUACAGAGGAGACGAACAAUGUCCUGCAAACACUGGGGUACAUGAGCACCUGCAGAGGAAUAAUAAAUGUAAAAGGAAAAGGAGAACUGAAGACAUACUUUGUACAUACAGAAAUGACAAGAUCCCUUUCACAAGGGAAUAUGGCAUCUUGAAGAUGCUUGUAUGUGUCAUCAAUACCAUAUUUUCAGGAAAGUAUCACGCACUUUUUAACUACAUUUUGGCCCUUAACAUGCGUGCUAUUUUCUGGUAUGUGGCACUUAUUUUAACAUGGCUGCAGAAUAGUCCCAUGAGCCAUCAUUUUGCACCUUGAUAUUUCUAUGUUCAAGGACAGUUGUGAUGUACGCUAUAGGACUGGAAGAUUGUACUGCUACUUGCACUGUUAUUCAAAGACAAGAAAAGAAGAAAUAGGAAUCAAAAGGAGGUGAUGCAUCCUGAAAGGACUAAAGGGAAGUGUUAGUGACAAAUGCGGGGAAAAAAGGCAAUAAAGCUAGGGGUGCAUACUAUUUCCUGAUGCAUGGUGUUUUCUGGAAAAAACAGUCGCUCCCCAAUAGCAUCCACUAAUCUGGUAUUAAAGUAUACAGUAUUGUAAAUAAGUUUACUCUGUCCACACAUGAUUUGGAUGUGAUCACCAGUUGCAUCUCAUAGCCAGGGACACGUUGGGUGGUUUGCUGGCAUUCUUUCUGAAGAGAGAACUAACAAUGCUGGAAUAGUUUUGUACAAACGUGUCAAAUGUUUUGAAGCUAUUGUCUUUUGUAAGGUUAAUUCAUUAAAAGUUUAUAUGUACUUUGUCUUACUGUUGCUGUCUCUUAGUUUUGCUUCCUUCCUUGGCUUCUGUCACUCUAAAGCUGCGUGUUUUCUGCUGCUGCCACUGCUUUUUAUUCAGUAGUUAGAUGUUGAGGCAGGCUAUGGCCAGCUAUAUCAACUGCCUUGGUCAAUAAUAUCUGCUAGACUUGCUAUUACCUUUCAGAAACUAAAUCACCUGUACUGUCUUCAAUCAUGGGUGGCAUUCUAGGCACUUUGCAGUCACUUACUACCUAGGUGAUACAAAAAACUGACCUCAAAUCCAUAAACACAAGCAAAGUGGAGAAUACUGAAAACAGUAGGAGUGCUGCUACUUAACAACUGGCCCACAGUGCUUAAAGAGUAACAAGGAGAAGCUGUACAAGAGAAGUUCUGUUUUGCACUUUGACAACCUCUUUUGCCCUUGCACGCACUUAACCUUCACAAUGCUGAAUUCUGUGGGAUAUUUAAAGUAACAAUCUCAUUAAUCAUUUAAAGUAAUAAUCUCAUUUAUACUCACUAGGACAUGAGUAAAAAUGCUAUUUUGUGGAUAUUUGAGAUUAAUUUAAAUCCCUUUGAAUUAAAAAGUAUCACACUUGCAGAGUUUCACAAAUGAGCCAGGUGAAAGACAGUAAAAGUAAGUAGUUUUACUAUCUGUGAUCCUUUGAAGCACAGAUAGUAACAAUUAAGUUUUGCAUUGUUGUAAUAAAUUAUUUUAGUCAUAGCAUCCUAACAAGAAAAUAAUACUAUUUACAAAAUAGCGAAUAAUUACAAGAUUUUUUUCUGAGGGAUACCAUAUGAAUAUGGAGGUCAACUUAUGCACUACGUUACCUCUAGCAUGUUAUUGAAAUGUAAAAGCAUUCAGACUGCUCAUUCAUGAAACAUACAUAUACAUUUGUAUAGCACUGGUAUCCUUGUGGAAGUCCUCAAAAUUAUGGGUCACAAAUACAUGGCAUCAGUCCAGUCUCAAUGAAUGUGGCACAGUUUAAUCACAGCAGCCAUCUGCCCACUAGUGAAUUGGAAUGACAGUAGAUUUCAAAGUGCCUAAUUUCAUGUAAAAAAGACAAUCUGAAUUUUGAUCCCCUUAAGUAAGCCUAAAAGCAAAAUGCAAGUUAUUUCACUUAUGUUCAACAUAACACACUUAAUUUUUCAUCCAGUCCUGGAGACUUUUAAUCAGUAAUUUUCAAGACAGGUACUCAGUCUAAUAAAAUCUCAUGAAAAAUAUUUAUGUUGUCUUUAUGAUUUCUUCCUUUUAAUUAAUAAGAUAAAUGUUUUCCAGUGGAAUUAAAGACUGUUCAAAUAGCUUACAUGGCUGCAAACCCAAUGUCUCAGUCAUUGGCUAGCUGUCAGUUAGCUAUGUCACUUAAGACUUCUAAAUCCCUCCUUGCCAUUUACUAUAAUUUGUCCUAGAAACACUGAAAUAAGUUAUUGAUCUCCUUCUUAGACUUUGAAUGUACUCUGGGCCUUUAAAAUCACUGUGGUAUUACCACAGCUCAACGCAAUAAUUUCUUACUGUGGAUGAAAACCCCUAUGUAAAAUUGAUUCUAUUAUAUUGUCAUAUAUAUGUACAGCUUUCAGGUAUAACCUGUGCAUUCAGGAUUUUGCUUUGAUUUGUAUUCUUGCUCAUCAUUAACAAACCUUGUGCCUAACUCCAUAACCUUGUUUCUGUGAUUUUUAUAAAAGUUAAACAAUUUUAUUUCUGUAAGCUAUGUAAUGUUAAAACAUCUGAAUGUUGGGGAAUUGACUAGUCUAAUGAAAUAUAAAGAAAGAUGUAUAUGUCCCCUCCAAGAGCAUGUUGAAAAUGCCCAUGUUCAAAGCACUCAUAUUUCACUGGUGUUCUUCUCUCAUUUUGUAAUUGCAUUUAGAUUCUUGCAGCCAAAUCCUGAUAAAGAACAAGAAAUUGAGCAAAAGAUACACAUAUCUUUGCCCAAAGAAAGGUGCCUACCUUCCUCUCUAGCCUUCAGUUGCUGAGUAUUACUAUCUUUCUAGUGCUGAGAAGCUAUUUGUAUUUAAUAAAUACCUCUUGUCUUCCAAUGCAUUUUA